AUGUCGAUGUGGACAACUUUAGGCCUGAUUACUUGGCUAAACAGUUUUUUUUCGUCAGGUGAGGAUUUAGCAGGGUCAAUGAACGCUAUGAAUCGAAUACCUUUCCAACGAAAUGUUGUUUAUAACAUAUGAAAUAAUCCCUUACUCUUACAACCGAUUCUUCAAAACUAAAUUUCAUCACCCUUCCUUAGGAUUCAGAGAACUGAUGAAAUGUAUUAAAUCAACAAGUGUUUCGAUUGCAGUUCUAAAACAAACCUGGUAGAAAAUUUUUAAUUGUCUCGUGACAAAUUGUGUAAUAUCACAAGCUCUCUCGGAUACUCCUGUAGCUCUCUCUUUUUUUUCUGUGCAAAAGAGUCCAAGUCGUACACGAUUGUUUGAAGAGGGGAAUUUCCUAUGAUAGACUAUAACGGAAGGAGAAACCUAGAUCUUGUUAGCUUUUAUACAACAGAAUCUGAACAACGCUAGCUUCUGGCCGAGUCGAAACACAUCCAUGGAUUUUCUUGUUAUGUCUUGUGUAAAAUCCAUCUACAUAACGCAAUCAACUUUAUCUCUCAAGUAACCCUCCACAUCAUUUUUAACUAGUUUUGAAAGGAGGGGGAAGAGAUGGAAGGGAUCAUUGUGUGCGUGUGUCUAGAUUAAUUUUUCUGUGUUUGUUUAUUUGUUCUCAGUCUUAGAGCAUAAUCGCUCGUUAUCAUAUGACCUUGCACUCAAACAGAGUUUGAUGACAGCUUCCACAUUGUAUCAACGUUUGCUUUUGGCAAACCCGUUUUCUAGGGUCGAUAUCAGAACAUUUCUCCUUAUCAGACAAUUUUUAUCACAGUUUACUAAUAUGUAAUCUGAUAGAAUCGCCGUGUUCUUGACAAGUUUUCGUAUCAGUCUUUCAGUAUGUGAGGGCCUGUUUACACACAGACAGCCCAAGCUCAUGUCUCGAGAAAAAGCCGACUAAUUCAUGAAAGCGUCACUCGUUGUGUGACACGGUGUUAAGUUACGAGAGGAACCGUUGAAAAUUUGAACACGUUAUAAGGAAUAGCAUGAAGAACGAAAUAUGGUCAAUUUACAACGAUAAAUAUUUCGAAGUAUGAACAUUUUACGCGUAAAAUCAAUAAAACUUACUCGCAUCCCGUGUGUCUGUUGUAGUUUUUGGCGAUUUCUGCUGUUUUAAGCUUGCUUUACCAUCACUGUUAUUCACGUCGCCUUUUGACAUGACAACCUCUCAAGGUGGGGUAGCCCGCCCAGCCGGGGUCGCUUUCAUGGCAAAAAGCUAAAAAGCGGAACAUUUAAACAUUUGUUGCUAUUUGCUGUCGUUGCUGCAUGUAAUGAACCCAUUUUCAUCUGAACGUCGAAAGCAAUCCAAAAUUGCUUUGGUUUGCGUAUAACCUCACGCUCUCAACCAAUUAGGUCAUAGAAUGAUAAAAACCAACCGCGUUAUCGUAAAUCGUGUUUUUCCCGUGUAACGGGAAGUCUACUCUGAGUUCUUAUUAUGAUAUUUUCCCUCAUUUUGAUGGUGGAUGUGACUAAACUAACUGCAUGUUCGGUUUGUUGCAGCAUCUAUUGUAGCUCCUGUUAUAGAUGUUUACAUUAGCAGUGAAGGUUGCGAUGAUCGGCCAAAGACACCGAACACAUGCGGAAUUGCUUACAUCAAGGUGAACGGCGAGGAUUAUUCUCGUCACGGCAGAGGACAUAAUGUUGUUGUUGUGGACGGUGCAACAGGUGUGUGAACCACGGUUAAUAUUUUACUUCUAAAUUCGUAUUUAUCAUAAGGGAUAGCUAGAUAAUGGUGACAAGCAAAGACCUCCUCUUGGCUCAGACAUAAUUCAAAUGGCCCUUCGGAGUUUCUCAGGAAGUUUUUUUCAUUAUUUCUUGGAAGAAUUAUGCGUCAAAGAGUGAAUAUUGUCGAAUAUUCCACGAGAAGACGUCUAGGACAUUAUUCGACCUAAAGAGACCACGAGAGCAUUUUCUCAUGUGCUCAUAAUUCAUUGAGCCCAAGACGAACAGUGUACCAGUGUAAUUUAAGAAAUGAACAUUGUAAAAGAUUCGGUUCGUGUACAAUUGCCGGUUCUCAAACUAGGCAUAUGUUUUUAUCUUAUUAUUUUUCUUAUCAUUCAGGUGUCAUUCUUGAUUCAAAAGAAUUCGACACAUACGGGAAUAUAUUUGCCGGUAACAACCUAAGGGACUACCUCAACAACAUUAGAGGAAAGUAUGUAACUUCAUUUCAGAUGUUUAGAUGUAGUGUUAUGUGAUACCUCACUAUUUGACCCUCACCUCCCAAGAACUGAUUGUUAACUCUCCCCUCCAGUUGCUACUCAUUUCCUUGUAAAUAAGUUACGAGAAUUUGGUUUUAGAUCAAGAUAACAACUUCUACCUAAUGCAUUUGAGUAUUCUCAUUACCUAUUUGCUGGAUAGUGAAUGGAUAUUGUAGGGAGAAGAUACUCGUUAAUCACUUCUGGGAGUUAAAGGGUUAACAAAAAGAUUCGAUGUUGCUGUGCGUCUGCUCAGUGAUAGAACACAGAUGACGUCAAAAUCAAGACCUAACCUGAAACUACUCUUUUUCGUCAUUGUAUUGCUUAAUAUGUUAUCUACUGCGCUAGCUAAUUAAGGCCACAAUUUUCAAUUCAUUAAUACUAAUCGCAUAACGUGAUGACGUCAUAAACGGAAUUCACUGCAUUACCACUUGCUAGUCAGAAGAACUGUGAGACACCACUGGAUUUUGAACGCAACUACUCCAAGCAUUAUUCAAUAAAGGAGCUGUUUAAAACCGUGGACUGAGUUAAUCUUCGACUGGCAAAAUAGUCAUUGCUUUGCUUUUUAUUUAAAAAUGUUUUUCCGUUAGCAAAAUCGUUUUGGUCGGUGUUCAAGACGAAGGUUCGAGAUAUGCUUCAUCAGCGGUUAGCGCUCUCAAAAGACUGGGGGCUCGUGAUCCUGUUCUUGGAAGCAUGCGGUCAUCUUUUGCAUUUGCUGGUUACGCGGGCACAGGACAACCAGCCUGGAUGACACAACAAAAGAUACAACAUUGGAACGCGAGAUUUCAUGGGCCCAGUCAAAUAACUCUGAAAAUUCCCCUUUCAUCAAGUAUGUCAAGUCAGUAUAAUCUGUUGCACUUAUAUUGUAGAUACCUUUGACCAACAGGUAAAUCUCUAAGAUCUCUUCGUUCUUAUAUGUUACUGCAAGUUACCGAUGUACGUAAAUCAGUGAAUAGAGCUUGAUCUUUGGUCUGGGUUUCUAACUUGAUCGACCAGUACUUCGAAAAAAGGUGUGCUUGUUUGUUAAAUUCAGCUCUCUUACUCGGUCUGAGUGAGCAUUGCUCGUGAGAGGAGCGAAAAGGUGAGAGAGGACGAGUUUCAUGGGCUGCGAGAAUGGACAUAACUACAUGCAGUUUCGGAAACUUGUGACAAUUUUUUUGUGCCCCCGAGCUCAAUGAAAAUAACCCCAACUAACUUUUUCUUACUCGCAGGAGGCUAUAAAUGUCAAAACCAAACUUUACAGGGACAAAAAGGCGUCAUUUACUCACCUAACUAUCCAGAAAUAUACCCAGAUGGGCAAUACUGCAUAUGGAGGAUCAUGGUGAAAGCAUCUUUUCAAGUGGCCUUAAUUUUUACACGCUUCAGUCUACAAUCUGAGAACAACACGGACGCUGUUUAUGUGUACGAUGGCAAUGACCAAACAGGGAAGGUAUUAGGAGUGUUCUAUGGGGGUCAGCCUCCCCCCAGGAAUGGAAUUUAUUCUUCGUCAAACAGCCUCCUUGUAAUAUUCAGCUCAGAUAAGAAUGGUUCUUUCUAUGGGUUCCAAGCCUCUUAUAACGCUGUUAAGUGUUUUGGUAAGAGUUUGUUGAUUGACAGUAUUACAAAAUUAUUUAGCGCAAUUUCAGAGUUUGAGAUGUAUCUUAAGAUCCUUGAAGACAAAAUUUUGAUACACUCGCACAUUUUAAGGAUACAUAAUGCUAAAAAUAAGAAUGGUUCUUUCUAUGGUUUCCAAGCCUCUUAAAGCGCUGUUAAGUGUUCUGAUAAGAGUUUGUUGACUGACAGUAUUACAAAAUUACUUAGCACAAUUUCAGAGUUUGAGAUGUAUCUUAAGAAGAUCCCCGAAGAAAAAAUUUUGAUACACUCGAACAUUUUACAGAUAAAUAGUGCUUUAACUCUUCUGUUUGUUUAAUUUGCAGGAGCCCUUGGAAUGGAGAGUGGGGCGAUUUCUGGUGCCCAGAUAACUGCUUCUUCGCGAAUGAACAACAACAGCACAUCAAGACAGGCGAGACUGAACUUCAUUGAACAGGGAAUCAAGCAAGGGGGGUGGUCGUCUCUUAAAAAUGAUCGUAACCAAUGGCUUCAGGUGGAUCUUGGCAGUCACACCAUUGUGACAGGUGUGGCGACUCAAGGGAGGAACUCAACAAAUUGGCGACAGUGGAUAAAAACUUUCACGUUACAGUUUAGUUUUGACGGAGUGAUCUUCCAGUCAUACAAAGAGCCAGGGAAAAUGUCAGCAAAAGUAAAGUGUCUUUGAAUUAUCACUCUAUGAAUUCAUUCCGUCUGAAACCUUCUCUGAAUGAAUUUUCCCUACAACUCUCUUUUCAAGAGGUCAUGAAAAAGAAGAGAUUCCCAUGAAACUUACCUACAUGUACCAUAACCUUAUAGUAUAACGUUUUAUGGCUUUUCUAGUAUUGCAUCGAUCAAUUAAUACACCAAAAAAUGUUGUGAUCAAUAGCAUCGUUUCUGGGUUUGACUUGGCUAACUUUAACAAAAUCUAAAGACACGAAAGGAAAAUUCGUUCGGGAUGAUAAACUCCAUUUUUUUUUUGACAAAAAGUUGGCAGCUUUACGAAUCAGUGAAGUUUCGUCAUAAUCUAAUAAACCUUUAAAACUACGAUGUAUGCAUAGGACCAAAUGACACUCAUUUAAGUUUAUCAGUCUUUCCAAAUUUUGUGUAUAUAUGAACUGUCCUGCGAAGGCGAGGUAUCUACUUGAGCUCAGCUGAUUUUGGUUUUAACUAUCAGGUACUUCACGCCAAUCAAGACAGUGAUAUAGUUGUGUAUAACAAGUUGAUCUCACCAAUCACAGCUCGUUAUAUCAGGCUUUUACCAGUCACAUGGCACAACCAUAUAUCACUCAGAAUGGAGCUUUAUGGGUGUCGAGGUAUUUCAUAACAUUAUGGUCUCUUAGUUAGAAAAAAUUACAUUUAGUGUUACAAAAGGAACACAUUUCGCAGACGCCGAGAUGGGCGUAAAACACCUUUGGACGUAGAAGGCAAAUUUAAUAUGCAAACAAAUUAUAGUACAGUAAAACCGACCAAGAGAAAAUAGUGUACAAAACUGGUCAAGGAAAGAAAACCUCCUAAGAAACAAAAUGUUCGAAAUCAUGUUAAAACGCCUUUCGUGUUUCUUCUAAAUUAUUUUCCUGUCAAAGAGCGAAGGGAACCUUAGUAUCUUAUUACACUUUUGAACUCUUGCUUGAAAUCAAAUUUUUCAAAAAACAUAUGCAGGUGUUUGAAGCAGUGGUUUAGAGUACUGAUCCUUCAUAAUUUUCAGAGCUUAGCCUAUGAUCUUUGAUCAUGCAAGAAUUGCUUCUAAAACUUGUACCCGACUUAUCUUCAUCCUGAUAGAUUAGAGUGAAAGAUUCCUGUCUUGAAAAGGAUAUUAAAGCACCUUUUUGAGUUUCCUUUCUGAUUAAACCCAUUCAGGUUGUUCCUCACCACUUGGCAUGGAGAGUCAGGUUAUCUCCGAUGCCCAAAUCACUGCCUCCACCCAAUGGAAUAAUGACAAUUCUGCAAAAUUUGCACGGUUAAACUUGGGCGGCUGGGUUGCCAGAGCAGUCUAUCCUAGACAAUGGCUUCAGGUGGAUCUUGGAACUUACUCAAGCGUAACAAGUGUUGCAACUCAAGGAGUGAACUUACGAGGAUGGCGAAAAUGUUGGACAGUUAGUUACAAUCUACAAUACAGUGAUGAUGGAAUAACCUUUCAUUUUUACAAGGGUCCUGGAGAAACUCUACCCACGGUAUACACAGAAAGUCACAUUGAAUUGAAUUUGAAAAUGCUCAUGGCUUACGUUUAAAAAUACUUUUUUAUGGUUAUAUGAUUAUUGCGGUCUGAGCUUGGUUUCCAGGGAGAAGUUAAUCACUAUGUUAUCUCCUUUGGCGUCAUGCCAUGCAGAAAACUUUUUAUUUCAUAGUCACUCAUGCAUUCGUUACGGCAGUUAUGUGUGCAUAAUUCGUUUUAGUAGAGGGACAGCACUUUUCUUCUGUUCUUUCUAUUAUACUUCUACCAAAAGGGAACACAGUAAGAGUUAAGUCUUAAUGGUAACAAUAGUGUGAAGUGCAAAAGUCGAUAAUAAGUUGUGUUAUGUUUCAUGAUCAUUUUACAGGUGCUCAGUGGGAAUCAAAACUUCCACUCAGUUGUGUCAAACAAGUUGAGGCAACCAAUUACAGCUCGUUACAUUCGAUUCAAACCUUUACUCUGGAAUUAUCGAAUUGGAAUGCGAACCGAGAUCCAUGGUUGCCUAGGUAUUGUCAAAAUAUUAUUUUAUUCAGGGGGAGUAGGGAAGCUCCCAACAAGUUUGAGGCUUAACAGGAAUAGACUCAUCUAUAAAUAUCAAAUUUUAAAAGUGUUAAAAAUUUGAUACUUCAUAAUUGUUUCAAACCGUUUCCCAUAUCACAAAUCUUUGAUUGAAGACUAAAGCCAUGCUUUCAAAACAGUUAAUAAACAAACAUUUUUGUGGCUGUAGAAGUCAUUUCUAGUGUAACGAAUGAAGACUUGACUUCUUGAAAAUAUGUAUUGCCAUUUUCUCGUUAAAGGAAAGCUUCUUCAAUUUUUAGUAUCUUUUCCUUGUCAUAGUGUAUUCUCUCUGAUUUAUUCGUGGAUAAACUGAAGGUGUAUGUAACGAUGAUCGCGUGAUAUGAUCAUUGAAUUUACGCCUAAGUUUGAAAAUUUUCAGUUGAGGCAGAUAUUUGUAAAGUAUCAAAACGUGAAAGAUACCUAGAAGCUAGAUUUCAGUUGCAUAUUAAUAGUAACAUUAUAAUAGACUUAUAUCAAAAUUCAUUCAUUACAGAGUGCACUGUCCCUCUUGGAAUGGAAAGUAGGUCGAUAUCUGAUGCGCAAAUCACCGCCUCUUCGCAAUUGAAUGGAAACCACUCCGCAGUACAGGGCAGGUUGCAUUUUCAAGCCGUGGGAAACAAAGCUGGAGGGUGGUCGGCUCUUACGAGCGAUAUAAACCAAUGGCUUCAGGUGGAUUUUGGUAGUUACACUCAUGUGACACAACUGGCGACUCAGGGGGUGAACGGAAUUGAUGAAUGGGUGACCAGAUACAAGUUGCAGUAUAGUGAUAAUGGACUGACGUACAAGUUCUACCAAAAAACUGGGGACACUUCGGUCACGGUAUGGUUUAUCCUCAUUUAGCGCAUUUUAUCAACGGAGUUAAGUUCUGAUGGAAUUAAUUAUUUUAUGAAUGAAAAUAUACAUCUGCAAAUCCUGUAAUUUAAUGCUUGCACUCAGUAUGAACUGGACAUAACCACGGGUAAGGAGGCACUCUGUUAGUGUGCCACUGCAAAAUGAGAUAUUUAUUUCUUUAGUUAUUCAUUAUCACUUGUUAUUUCAAUUGCAAUUCUGAAAGUAAAGCCGGCUAAACAAACGAACAAACAAACAAUAGAGUAAGUCAUCGCAAUUCAGACUUCAAAUAAGAUCUUAAUUUGACCGUAACAUUCAUGACGAUUUUCAGGAGUUUAAGGGAAACCAAGAUCGUAACGAGGUUGUGUAUAAUACCCUUCGUCCGCCACUCAAAGCGCGCUAUGUCCGCAUAAUCCCAACACAGUGGAAUAAACAUAUCUCCAUGAGGAUAGAGCUCUUUGGAUGUCCAGGUAUUUGUGCCUUUCAAAAUAUUUUCUUGAUAGGUUAUCUUGGUGUUUUGUCUUUCAUCGAAAGGCACUUCUUUGGCGAAGCAGGAGGCAGAAUGGCUAAAUAAAGAUUAUCAUAUAAAUUACGGUGUUAUACAAGGAUUUCCAGCGAGAAAAGCCUUAACAACACACGUGAAAAAAUACGAUAUUUUUUGAAAGUGUGUUUGAUAUCGCCAAUCAGCUGCUGACACGUCACUCGUCUUUCGCGCUACUCGGUCAAGUUGACAAAUGAACGGCAAAGCCUUCAAGAUUCUUAAUAAAAGGUAGUUUGUCGGAACUUUUUUCGGAUUAUGCCAGCUGAAAAAUUAAAAACUCUGUGUUGCUCGCAGAAAGUGACGUUCAAACUUUCCUAGAACGGGAAGAAAACCAAUAUAAGAAAAGAAAUAUCGAAAGUUGCGUACUCAGUGGCUUUGGUAAUGGCAUUACUCACGGCUGAGAACGAAAAUUGAUUCCUGAAAGAUUUGCCAGAAGUCAAUUUUGGCCGUUUACCUGAAAGACUUCUUCUCAUCGGCAGAAAUAUUGGACAAGAUGGCGGCAAUGCUCGCGCAUUUCGUCCAUAAUGGCGUCCAAAUAAUAUAAGAAACUGUAUGGAAAUUUGUAAAAUUUCUAAAAUAUAACAGGAGCUCAUGAUCAGUACUGAUUCUGCUAUUCAUCAAACCUCACAGGGACUCGAUAAAUAAAACCACUUACUUCCCGAGCCAGUUCUUUUGUCAUUGAUCUUUGACCUAGGUCGCCAUACAGUUCUUCAAAAUCCGUCGUUCUCCAUCCCAAACACUCGCCUAUUACAGGAAAGUGCAUCAAUAAAGUCAACUGCUCUCGAUCGAAUUGACUGCUACAGAGUUCGAAGCGUCCAAAUAUCCUGCAAAAUUGCCAUUUCCUCCCAUCGAAAAAGUUCCCAACGCGCCAGAAUAUCCCUUAUUUUCCAUGUUGAGUAAGUGUCGAGACGCCAUAUUGAAAACUAUGACUGAAAUGGUUAAACACGAGCAACGCUGAUCUUCGAAUCGUCGGUCAUAUUUGUUUAUGUUCUUGCAGGGAAAUAAAUUAGUUCUCGGUCCUUUUCGGAAUAAAAAUAUGCCAGGCAUUGAAUGUAAAUUCAGUAGUUUUAGCGCGAAAAUUAAAUUAAAGCAAAUCAAAAUUCUGACAUCAUGUCAUCGCUUUGCCUCGAAAAAUCCCAAAGAUUUACUUGCAGGUCUUCUUUUCUUUUUCUUUUCAUCAAAUAGAAGAUCUGCGGUGCUCAAAUUGUAUAAGUCAUGGUACGAAACACUCUUCUUUGCAGAUCGAGCCGUGAUCGCUGCCAUAUUGAAUUCUCUUGAUAUUCUAUUGUUCCGGAGUAUUUUUCCCAACUUUAUUGAUUGUAUUAAAUAACCUGCAAGAGCGCAUUUUUCCGCAUUCGCAGUAGAGCUAAAAUUAGGCGAUACCUAUCCCAGAGUACUACUGAGGCUAUUGUUCACGCUUACAUAACAUCGCGUUUGGACUAUUGUAAUGCCUUACUGUAUGGUCUCCCGAAGUAUCUAAUUAAUAGACUUCAGCUUUUACAGAACUCGGCAGCUCGCCUUGUUACCUUGACUAGAAGGCAGGACACAUUGAAUCACACCAGUACUAAGGAGCUUACUUUGGCUGCCAGUCCAUUAUAGGAUAGUUUUCAAAAUACUGUCGCUGACUUAAAAUGCUCUGAAUGGACUGGCCCCAGAUUACAUUAAAGACCUAUUGAAGUAUCAUGACUCCCGUCGCACACUAAGAUCCUCAAACAAUAGGUUGCUUGAUGAACCUAGAGCUUAAGAAUCUUAAAACGUAUGGUGAAAGGGCUUUUUCCGUGGCAGCACCAAGGCUCUGGAAUAAACUACCACCCCAGAUCAGGCUUUCAUCAUCAGACGCAAUUUUUAAGGCUAAUCUUAAGACUUAUCUUUUUAAGCGUGCAUUUCAUUUAUAGUUUUUACUUGUAGUUAUAGUGUAUUUAAUUCUUAGGAUUUUAAUUUUUAUGGUUUUUACGGUUUUUAGAGUAUUGUAAAGCGCCAUGGACUAUUAAUGAACGAUGGCGCUAUAUAAAUGUAUUUAAUUAAUUUAAUUAAUUGUUGUGUACGUUUGUAGCCGUCAAUCUUUUCUCAAUAUCCUAUUUGCCGUGUAGUGUGAUUCUGAGAAUCUGGUGGUAAGAUCAAAUGAUAUUCACUAGUUGAUAUUUCGCCUCUUCUUAUUAUUUUUUCCACCUGACAUUGAUGUAAAGCAAAAUUACUUGAUAGUGAGAACGUCAUUUUUAGGGCUGACUCAAAUCUGUCGCGGCUGUUUGUUGUUAAACGCUACACGGACUAAUUGUCGACCAAAGAUCAUCCAGUUGUGGGACUACCUUAUAAUUAUUCUACUUCUGAAGCUUAGUGGAAAAGUUGUCGAUUACACCUCAAAAAGGAAAAGUCAACGUUCUUUGACUAGGCAAAUAAGCUGAUUUUAACCAUGGCACGAUUACACGUUUUUUGGAUCCGAAAAGGUCUUCUUUAAGCCAUCGACAAAAUGAUUCAUAGGACGCUUCCUAAAAAUGACAAUUGUAAAACUUAUUCCACUUGAAAAUGAAGGAAUAAAUUAAGUUACUUAAAUUUCCCAAACCAAUCGCAACUUUGGUAAAUAACAAAAAGUUUAUACGCAUACACACAAAUAAAUUAAAACCAAAAUGUUAGUGGCGGAGAAUGGAAGGGAAAGAAAGGAAAGGUGUCAUCAGCAUUUCGUCAGUAAGUAUGACUCGACAAAAAUCAUCAUAUCACAAAUCACGUACCCAGGCUGGGAAUUUGGUUAGGAUAAUUGAUCGUCCUUUUUCUCCUUUAGAUUGCAUUGCACCCGUCGGUAUGGAGAGCGGACUGAUCUCCGAUGACCAAAUAAGUGCAUCAUCACAAUUGGAUGAUAAUCAUGCGCCAAAGCGCGCCAGACUGAAUACCAAGAUGAGUGGGAUAAAACAGGGAGGUUGGCUUCCUCUAACAAAUGACCGUAAUCAAUGGCUUCAAGUGGAUCUUAAUAGUUACACUCGAGUAACACGAGUAGCAACUCAAGGGAUGGAUGGCUAUGAGCAGUGGGUGACAUCCUUCCAGUUGGAGUACAGUAUUAACGAAAUCACUUUCAAGUCUUACAUGGAAAGUGUUGGCAACCCCAAGGUAUGUGGCGCCUACUAAUUCAGUGCAGAGCUACCUUGAGAAUUAUUGGUAUGGUUAAAAUACUUCAGAAAUAAAUUUAAAUAAGAGAUUUUAUAAUUCUAUCAAUAUUUAUUUGUACAUGCAAUCUGGCUAAAAGCAGUCUUACGACAAAAAAUAAACAAUUCAAGCGGCGUUAAUUUUCUCGCUAUUGUUGCAAUUCGACGAAUUUGUAUCAAGCAAAGGAAAGUGGCUUUCUGACCCAAUGAGAGCAAAAGCCAUGAUACACUGUAGAUCUCAAGGGAUGGUUUCCAGCCAAAGAGCCUCUCUAGUAAUUGAGUAUUUUCCUAAGCUGUACAAACCUCCACUAGAGAGUGUCAUUCAAAUAUAUCACAAAAGGCAGACGCAGAGCUCUUUUCUUUCAUUGUUAAUCAUCCGCAAGCCUUAUGCAUCAAUUUUGAUGCUUUCUGUGUUUUUCUCGCUUAGAUAUUUCCCGGCAAUGGUGAUAGUGAAACUGCUGUUUUCAACAUUCUUAAACCUCCAAUCACAGCACGAUACAUAAGGAUCUUACCCAUAGCGUGGCAUAAAAACAUAGCGAUGAGAAUAGAGAUCUACGGUUGUACAGGUAACGUUUUAACAGUAACAAAUGAUGCCGAUAAAAUCAAAUAGGGGUGCCUUUUAACAGGCCUUUUUUACCUCGUGGUAUGACGUAGGUCUUACCGUAAGGUUUUUCAGUAUGGAAGGAAAAUUCACUCAUUCACUAACUCACUCACCCCAUUCUGUGAUCUGUUAGACAAUUAAUGUAUGCAUUAAAACUUUGAUCAAACGCAUCCUCUCCUGCCUCCCCGUAUUAGGCUUACCUUUGUUCCUAGUAUUAUACUAUUGUCUUCCGUUCAAUAACCUAAGGAUUGAAACUAAGGGCGAAAUUUUUACCUGAGUACACUCAGUUAUCAAAAAAGUUCAAAAUGGCAUCUGUCGUUGGGCAAAAAGGUAAAAUGAUCCGGCUGAUUUUUCCUUCUUUUCGCUCCAUCCUUGAUCAAAAUGCAUCCGUUUAGACCUCUUGAACAAAGAGUGAAAUUUCAUUUCAAUUUCAAAUUCAUAAAAUCGACAACGAUAAAAGUCCCAACAAUCGAUAUGGAAAUAUCUUGUUGGACCGUGCGCUAAAAUCAUCAAGGCGUUGGCUCCAUUCUUGAUCAAAGUAAACCUUUGUAGACCUUGGAAACGAAGAGCAAACGUGCAGAAGAAUACUCAAUUAGAAAGAAACUGGCUUCAGUCAAAGUCUUGAAAUCAGUAAUUCUUGUCUUCAAAUUGAUUACCAUAUUUUGCGGUUUAAAGGUUAAGAUUUCCUUUAUUAACCACUAUAGGCGAUUUUAUUCUUUCUUUAAGUUAAUUUCGCGUAUCUGUUCCGGCUAUAUUUUACAUAUAUUUGGUAGCUUAUUCAUCAUGUUUUGAGAUUUUUAUGAUUUCAUUUUAUUUGAUCAUUCACCUUUUGAGCUACUUCGUUCCUAGAGCGUAAAUCUUUUGACAGAAUUUGAACGUAUUAUAUUACUUGCUUGUGCACAGGUUGAAUUUGCUAUCAUUUGCAGAUAGUUUUGUCACUGAUUGUGAAUAUAUGAAAAUCAAAUAUGUGAACUGAGGUUUAAUUAGGAAAUGGAUAUGAAUACUUCUGCUUGAGUGGUGCUCAUUACUGCCAAGAUCGCUUUCGUAUUCCUUUCUUUUUCUUUUCACUGUUUGGCCGUUAAUUCAUGUGACUUUUAAAUAAUUGUCGUCUUGGUUUACUUUUGGCUCCAAGUUUUGGUGCCCUGGCUAACGCUUCUAAAUUGAUCAUCACGCCCUAUUGGAAAAAGAUGGUAAAGAUUUAAAGCUCUCACCUCUCAAAUGAAUAAUUAUGACAUCCCAUGAGGUACUUCCUCGGAGCCUAUGAUUUGAAAGUAUACCGGCAAAUAAAGAAUCAGUUUUAAAGUAAAAGGAUAAAUAACAAAAAUAACGCAGAUACAAAUGUAACAUCGCUCGAGAGAGUGGAAUUACAGUCUGAUGCAGGUAAAUUAGAGCUACCACGCGCAAUGUAAUUACAUUAACUCAAUCAUUGUAAAUAGCUCUUUAGCUUUUAAUUUUUAACCUGAAGAAGGCUGAAGGGCCGAAAUGUCGUGCAUUAAACUCGUCCAGAACAGUCAAGAGUUGGCCUCUUCGUUACGUCCUUAUAGUGCACUUAACUCUAUAUAUUAUAUAUAUAUAUAUAUAUAUAUAUAUAUAUAUAUAUAUAUAUAUAUAUAUAUAUAUAUGAGAUUCUAAAACUCGAUUCUUCGAAAAGAAUCCAGAUCUUUUCUCUUUUCCAAGCUCCAAACGAGUUGAACGAUGUCUUACUCAAUUACUUUAUGUUCACUUAUUUCAGUGUGUAGCACACCUCUUGGAAUGGAAAGUGGAGCAAUCAAAGAUGCACAAAUAACCGCCUCUACACAGUGGGAUGGCAAUCAUGACACAUCAAGGGCUAGGCUAAAUUUGAAGUUGACUGGAGUAAAGAGAGGAGCCUGGUCAACUCGUGUACUGGAUCUCAAACAGUGGCUUCAAGUCGAUCUUGCCAGCUAUACCACUGUGACCGGUGUCGCGACUCAGGGAAGGAAUGCACCACGAUUACAGCAGUGGGUGACUAAGUACAGGUUGCAAUAUAGUACUGAUGGAGUGAACUUUCAUUUUUACAUAGAAAAAGGCGACAACUCAUUCAAGGUAUUUUCGUCUUUCUUCUUGUUUUUUUUUUAUGUUUGGUAACAGACAUGAGUGAUAAAGAGUGCGAAGGCCAGCCACGGUAGUGAUGUUAUAGAACUACUACUAGUGCCAUACAAAAUUUACCCAUUUCAAAUUCUAAAUGCAAUACGUUUUCCAGAAGAGAAAAAAAUCACUUUCAACCGUACGGAAACUUUAGAAAUCAUGGUAAACUAUGAAAGUGAAUAUUUUACAAUCCAAGUAAAUUAAAGCUGUCAAAGGCGAGGAGAUUUGAUAGGAAAAAUUCCGGCGGGAUAUGCUUUGUGGUUUUUCCUCCUUAGCCAUCUUCGAUUAAAAAAAAAAAUUCUCCACAGUAAAUCUAUUCAGAUUCGUAACAAGUUAAACUUCAUUCAUCUUCUGAAGGAUCAAUCCGGUUAUAGAAGACUUGUCCUCGGCUCUGUAAUGAGUCUCAGAAGUCAGCAUAAAUCUACUUGUCGCAAUGUCUCUAUAGAAUAAGAGAUGAUGAUAUUCUUUUCAGGUGUUUAGUGGUAAUCAAGACCGAGACAGCAUUGUGUACCACAAAUUGGUGAGGCAAAUUACGGCACGUUACAUCCGGUUCAUUCCGGUGGAAUGGCAAAGUCACAUCUCUAUGAGAGUGGAAAUCUAUGGCUGCGCAGGUACAUCGUGGUGUAUCUUAUUGUUGCUGUUGCAGUAGUUGUAUUAAUUUGUACCUACCUCAUAUUACUGGUGACCUUAAUCUUUCAAAGUAUCAUUCGCAUUAGCUUUUAUAAAAUACUUCAUUACAUAAACGCAAUAAUGUAACAUUAAAGGUUGAAACAUUCAGUAUAAGAUACAACAGCUAAAAGAAAUGUCCUAAUUAAAUAUUACGUGUAGUUGAGAAUUAGAACUAACAUAUAAAUAAGGCAAUGCAUUAAAGGCAUUUAAUUUUCUAUCAAAGCAAAUUUCAGUUGAUCACCGGUAGUGAUCCUAGAUUGCUUUGAUUUUGCUUUACUUUGCACUGUGAUUGGUAUGGAAGAUUCGCGCCACCAUCUCUGCCACUAAAACCAAUCCCAACAGGUACAUCAGAAUCUGCCUCACUGUUACUGUUUCAGUAGUGGUACAGAUUGGAAUCAAGACUUGUUGGAACCUCUUUCAUAUUAGUUGUAAACUUUAGAGGGUCAUUCGCUCUAGUUUUUAUAAACUGUUUCAUGAAGUGAACGCAAUAUAUAAACAUUAAAAGUUGAAAUAGUAGUCUGGAUAAAAACUGCAUCUAGAAAGUGUACCUGAGUCAAACACAGGUAGUUGAGAACUCGAACAAAUACUAGAACUAGCCAUUGCAGAAAGGACAGCUCUCUCAGACCACAUCUUCGAUUACGUCUGUCAAUUCUCGACUAGAAUAGAUUUCGAUUAAUUAUAUCAAAAAGUGAUCCUGGAUUGCUUUGAUUUUGCUGUACUUACGCUCUGUGGUUGAUCUAGAAAACUCGUGUCAUCAUCUCAGCCAAUCAAAUGAAAAACUUAAACCAAUCUCAACUUAGUCACUGGCGUUUUCCGGCGCGCUUCAAGCGGGUCGCCUGUGCAGCAAAUCGGAGAUUGGUCAGCUCAUUCCAGCAAUAGAUAGACAACCCCAUUCGCUUUUUCUUAUUCUUCUCGCUCUUUCUCUUUUUCUUCUUCAUUUUACUUCUUCUUCUUCUCUCUUAAUUUUUGCCCUUUUUUUCAAAACAAUUCAGGAUGCUUUGAACCGCUUGGUAUGGAGGAUGGAACGAUCACUGAUGUCCAGGUCACUUCUUCUACGCGACUGGAUGACAACCAUUCACCAAGUCAGGCCAGGUUGAAUUUUAAAGAAGACGAAAACAAGGCUGGGGGAUGGUCAGCUCAGACAAACGACGAAAACCAAUGGCUGCAGGUCGAUCUUGGGAGUUAUACUAGGGUGACACGCGUGGCGACUCAAGGGUUGAAUGUCAACAACGAGUGGGUGACCAAGUACAAGUUACAAUUCAGUGACGAUGGAAAAAACCUCCAGAAUUACAAGCAACAGGAUGACAGCGAAUGGACAGUAUGUCUUAGUUAGCUGUCCUCAAUGUGACAUACUGUUUUCAACAAAUGCAAUAAUUUUGAAACAUGCGUUUUUUACUUUCUUGGAAUUUUACUAUGACACAUAGUUUGACUCUGAUUACAAAUGAAAGGUAAGGGCCUUGAAGAGACAGUGUUUGUCACUUCCGAAGGCCCUUCAAAAAAUAGACUUAAUCCAUGCUGCUUAAAAUUUACAGGUGCUGAAUGGGAAUAAAGGAAGUGAUACCAUUGUAUAUAACAAUCUGAAUCCUCCAAUCACAGCAAGGUUUAUACGGUUUAUACCAAUCAGUUGGCACAAUAAGAUUUCCAUGAGAACAGAGAUCUUUGGCUGUCCAGGUAUGGCGAUUAUUAAUCUGGAUUUUAGAAUCCGCUGGCCAAAAAAACGUUAGAAAAACAAAUAACUAGAUUGACUGAGAGGCUUGAUAGGACUUCAAGAUCAGCUGUCAAAUUUUAAAAACAGUCUUUCAGCCACAGGCAUAUACCAGCGAGUCAGAAGGAUCUCAGCGUCGCAACAUCAUGUUUCGUACAUUAUUGAUUAGAGAAUUUUUGAGAGAAAUAGAGGGUGAAGUGAGAUGAAUGCGUGGGAUAUCAUUUUCGUCUUUAAUUGAAUAAAUUUUGACUGAAAUCAACCAAUCCUUUUUGUGACUACAAUAGUUUAUCAGAGGCAAUUAUUGAAAGAGAAAGUGAAUAAAAGUGUCGUGUAAAGUUUGGAUAGUAACUGUAUCUGACGCUUAUCUCUUAACAACAAAUUCAGCAUGUAUGACUGCCCUUGGAAUGGAAAGUCAGACAAUAGAAGAUGCUCAGAUAAGUGCUUCCUCGCAACUGGAUGGAAACCAUUCUGCAAUACAAGGUAGACUACACCUUACGAGGAACGGUCAAAAGCAAGGUGGCUGGACGGCUCUCACAGAUGAUCGUAAUCAGUGGCUACAAGUGGAUCUUAAUACUUUUGCGCGGGUAACGGUAAUAGCGACUCAGGGAAGAAACGGAUUCAAAGAAUGGGUAACCAAAUACAGCUUGCAAUAUAGCGAUGAUGGUGUGACCUUCACGUUCUACAAGGAAUCUGACAGCAACUCAGAAAAGGUGUGGUAACAAUUUCACAGGUAAAACCCCACUUUAUAGGCCUACCCUAUAGGCUAUUUUUCACAACGAAAUAAAUCAUUAUAGAGCAAACUAUUUAAAAUAGAUUACUACCAUGGACCUCACUUUAGUUUAUGAACGUAUUAGGGAUGUUUUCCCUUACCCAAUACAUUCUGCACUACAGACGUGAAUGAAAUAUCAACUAUGACGCACCUUGAAAGGAGAAACAAAUGGGAGUGUCCUCAAACAAUGUUUAAAUCUUAGAAUAUCUCUUUAAAAUCUACACUCAUUGUACUUAGGUUUUUGAUGGAAACCGAGAUUCAGAUACUGUCGUAUACAACAAACUAACUUCGCCAAUAACAGCUCGGUACAUACGGCUGAUACCAAUGACGUGGAAUAACCACAUCUCGAUGAGGAUGGAGUUAUAUGGCUGUCCAGGUAUUUUGCAAUCUUUGAACUAGUGACUAUGCCAACAUUAUCGAACGUAAUUGGUUACAACAGACAGAUAAAAGCACUAAGAAAGCAGUUCAGAUGUCAUGAUUGCAACUGGAGGGUAUAAAAAGCCUUUUUCGGUGACCAAUGUGUAACUUGACAGUAAACGUCAUUCAAGUGUGCUACCGUAUCGACGCUUGGGCCACUUUCUUAUGGAAAAAAAUCUAUUGCUAUGUUUUUACUCAUAAAUACGUUUAACCGAUGAUUAUUUAGUUCCUGAAAUGUUGCUACAGUUUUGAUGAAUGGGUUACAGACGUUUCUGUCCAUAAUCAUACUCCUGAUUCAGAGCUUGUAUUGUUACAGAAAGAAUUGAACCCAGCCCCGGUCAAUCCUUUUACCUUUAGUCGAGAGACAAUCUCCUAAAAACAUCGUUUUCGUUUUUAAUCUAGGCUGUAUGUCCCCGUAUGGCAUGGAAAAUCGCAAAAUUUCGGAUUCUCAAAUCAAGUCGUCAACACAGCUGGAUGAAAAUCACUCCGCAAAGCAUUCCAGGUUACAUUCAAAGGCAAAUAGGGAAAACGGAGGAAGCUGGUCAGCGCUUAAAAAUGAAGUAAACCAAUGGCUUCAGGUGGACCUUAGUAGUUACAUACGGGUGACGGGCAUUGCUACGCAGGGAAGGAAUGGGCAUGACGAGUGGGUGACCAAGUUCAGACUACAAUACGGUGAAAAUGAAGACAUCUUUCAUUUCUUUGAGGAUCCAGGACAUUUUGCUGCGCAGGUUUGUAUCGUGAAGCAGUUUUCCCAGAUUUCAGUAAUAAAAUGUCGACACUAAUGCAAUAGGCAGUAAAAAUUUACAAAACAAAUUUCGUUCAAUCCCAAUAAGUGAAGCCUUUCCAGUCUAUUUCAAUAUUCCCCUGUCAACUUUGUAGGAAUCCAGCGAAAAUAAAUAAAAUUUUCGAUAGCCAGUAAAUUUUGUUUCCUUUUAACUUACGCGUUUUGAGAAUAGAAAUCUCCCAUCAAUUUUAUUUGUCGAAGUUUUACCACACAAAAAUCUUAGAGCUCAUCCUUUCCGCGUUCAGUUCUGGAAAGAUGUGGAUUAGACUGGCUAAAACAUUUGUUGUUUUGGAGAUCGACGUUCAUCCAAUCGAUGGUAGACAACCCUUAUCAGAAUGUUGCUAAUCUGAAACGAACUGUAAGAAACUAGAACUGCGGCAUUUUGUAUUUAGGCGUUAAGAAAAAUCAAUUCCAAAAAAUCUUUGAGUAAUCAUCUAAGGUAUUUUGCGUUUUUCUAUCAAGGUUUUCAAUGGAAAUACAGACAGUGACACUGUCGUGUACAACACACUGACUCCACCAAUUAUAACGCGUUACAUUCGAUUCAAACCCGCUGAGUGGCACAAUCGAAUAUCAAUGAGAAUUGAGAUCUAUGGCUGUCCAGGUAUCUAGAAUAAUCUUACAUACUUUUAUGGAGAAGUAUUAGAUACCAACGUUUGACUUUCUUUUUGAGCUGCUGUACAAAUAACAAAUUGCAUCUCUUGUCCCCCAUGUCAAUCAUUUUUGGAAAGGCUAUCUGGGGUGUUUUGUGUGUGGUGAAUGACGAUAUCUGACAGGAGUAGGUAGCUAUUAUCAAUCAAAUAAUGGCAUCUGUUAUAAACUGUCACCAUUCUUUUUUUGUCAAACUAAGGUUGCAUAAAUCCUCUCGGAAUGGCAUUUGGAUCGAUAUCUGAUACUCAGAUAAUAGCAUCAUCACAACUGGAUGGUAAUCACUCCGCAUCACAGGCCAGGUUACAUUUCCAAGCGGAUGGUUACAAAGUUGGGGGUUGGUCGGCCCUCACAAAUGAUCGUGACCAAUGGCUUCAAGUGGAUUUUGGUAGUUACACAAAAGUGACGCGUUUGGCGACUCAGGGGAUGAAUGGCUACGAUCAGUGGGUGACCAGAUAUAUGUUACAAUAUAGUGAUGAUGGAAUAACCUUCCACCUCUACAAGGAAGCUACAUCCAGCUCUGCAAAGGUACCAGAUAUCCUAAGCUUUCAUUUUCUCUGCCAAAUUACAGACUUUUGUCAACAGAUAUCAUGCAGAUAACGUUCGCUGCUGCUUCAUGAAAGAGUGUAAAGCUGACACAAGAGAAAGAAAAGAGAAAAAGAAACAUGGUCGAAAAAAGAAGUUCAUCUAUCUAUCCAUCCAUCCAUUUCUCUUUCCCUCCCUCUCUUCUACCCUCCAUCCGUCCAUAAAUCCAUCCAUUCAUCCUUUUAUUCAUCCACCCAUUUAUCCAUCCAGUCGCUCAAUCCAUUUAUCUUCCAAUCCAGUCAUUCUUUCAUCUAUUCAUCCACUAAGCUUUUUGUUCCAAAUUCUGACCUGUCUUAGUCAAUUGUUGAACCGUACUUUGAUUACUGUGGCACUGUAUGGGAUAACAUCAGUGGCCGUUUCACCGAAAAACUCUAUACGUUAUAAAGACUUGCAGCCCGUGUAAUCACCUACUACUGUCGGUUACCUACUAACGAAUCACUGAGUAGACUCGGCUUCUUAUGAUGGCAAAAGUUAUGAAUAGUAUGACCCCAGCCUGGUGAGAAGAUAUCUUCUCGAAUAGUAUUGGGAAGUCAGUGUGUAAUCUAAGAACCUUCAGCAGGAAUCUAGCUUUACCGGUUGUUAACAGACUACUAGCGGAACAGUUUUGUUUACACUGGGACAAAAGUUUGGAAUACGUCAUCAAACGAAAUGAAACAUGAUUAUUCCUUUGUCUAUUGUUUAGGAGUUCGAUGGGAAUCAAGACCAAAAUACUGUUGUUUAUAACAUAUUGAGCCCACCAAUAACCACUCGUUACAUUCGACUGAAACCGCUGGCCUGGAACGACCGGAUAUCGAUGAGAAUGGAGAUCUACGGAUGCCCAGGUACAAUUCGUACUGGCAAUAGCCCGACACAGUUGACGCGGUAGAAACGAUUUAAUAAAGCCUUAAAAGUAACUGAAACCUUGAAAAUCAACCAGACUAUCAAUAUAACUCUUUGACAAUUAAAAAAAAAAUCUUGGGAGCCGGAUGAGAAAUGUUCCGAUUUAUUAAUUUUUGAAAAUUUAAGGUUAGAGAACAAACGUCUCAUGCUCCGCUGAAACGAAGAUUUUAACUGUUGGAAAAGAGAUACACCUUUCACUUUCUUGUCCUGUUUCAAUACAAACAGGUUGUGCAGCACCACUUGGCAUGGAUAGCGGGGCAAUCACCGAUGCACAGAUAAGUGCUUCUUCACAGUGGGAUGGCAAUCGUGGGGCCAGGCAAGGAAGGUUACAUUAUAAGAAACUUCCGGGAACCUCCGGAAGUUGGUCAUCACGUGCAAAUGAUUUAAACCAGUGGUUUCAAGUGGAUCUUGGUCAAUACACGACAGUGACUGGUAUAGCGACCCAAGGCAGACAACGCUAUGACGAAUAUGUGACAGCAUAUAAGUUGCAGUAUAGUGACGAUGGAGUAACUUUUCAGUUUUAUAGGGAGAAGCCACUCGAAACUGAAAAGGUAUACCUAAGUAGUUUUUUUUUUCUUUCUAGUAGUGAUCAGGAGUGAACAUAAAAUCUUAGAAUUAUAAAAGACAAUGUGACAACGUUACCCCAAAUGGGAAACUUCCCAGAAGCUUUAUUGUUCGGGAGUGUAUGAAACCUUUAUCGAUGUUCUGAUCGAAAGCUAAUUUUCCACUUGUCUUGAUAAUUUACAUAGGUCUUUCGUGGAAAUAGUGACAGAGAGACCGUCGUUUAUCACGAAAUACGCGAACCAAUCAGAGCACGCUACAUACGAAUUAGACCGGUGAGUUGGUACCGACACAUAUCUAUGAGGGUUGAGAUUUAUGGCUGUCCAGGUAAGUCCAUUUCUCUUCAUAUUUUCUAUUGUUUGUAAUAUUUAUUACCUUUAUUCUUAUCACUGUCAUUUUUUCUCGUUAUUAACAAUUAAGGUUAAAGUUAGUAUCAUCAGUCUGAUCACCAUUAUUAUCUCUACCGCUAUAGUUAUUAAAAUCAUUAUUAUCUUGAUUAUUAUUAUUAUUUGUUUUCAUUUGUCGUACACGUAGCUGUACAAGCAAAAAACACAUUUGCAAAUCACGAAAGCGUUAUUAAUUACCUGUUAAACGAUAGAAGUAAAGUCACAAAACCAGCCCCUGGCGCGAAAAAAUUCGAGGAAAAAUUCGUGACCUGUUGUCAUCGUAACGUUGAUAAGGAUAAUUUAACCAUGUAGCUUUUCAAAGUUUGUUGGGGCGAUAAAGUUCCUGUAUGGUAUGGCCUCAACUUUUGAAUUUGAUCGGUCAAGUGGGUGGUAUAGCAGGUUAAAAGCGAUUCCAGAUGUUAACACUUAAUUGUACGCAUUACAAGAUCAUUAGUAAAAGGUUUUCAGCCUUUUUGUGGCUAUAUCUGCGAUAUGUUUCUUUCGACAUACUCAGGCUGUGUAUCCCCCCUCGGCAUGGAAAGUAAAUUAAUCUCUGAUGCGCAAAUAUCUGCCUCCUCACAACUGAAUGAUGAUCGUGCUCCGGCACAUGCCAGGUUGCACAGUCAAACAGUCACUGAUGGUAAAAAUGGGGGGUGGUCUGCUCGCAAGAACGACCUUUAUCAAUGGUUUCAAGUGGACCUUGGAAGUAAAGUAAUUGUGACGCGUGUAGCAACACAGGGGAUAGAUGGACUCGACGAGUGGGUGACAAAAUACAGAAUACAAUUUAGCUAUUCUGGAAUAAAUUUCCAAUUUUACAAGAAAGCAGAACACAGUUCUGCACAGGUAUGCCCUUAGCGCUGUAUUCUAACUAUGAAUUCUGAAUGACAGUAAUUAAUGUUUAUCGUACACCGUAAUGGUAUAAUCAAUAUGAUGCCUAUGGAUAUGAACGAGAAACGUUCAGCCCAGUUUAGGCAAUUUGUGUGGUGUAAAUGACUGGUUGGGGGAGAGCAGGUGGCUCGAUGGGUGGUUAGGUGGGUAAGUAAGUUUCUGGGUAAUUGUGAGGAAAGAAAGCAAACUGACUGUUGUUUGUUUAAACUUUCUUUUGAAGGUUUUCGAUGGAAAUGACGACAGUUCCACAGUUGUAGUCAAAAGACUGAGCGAGCCAAUCAGAACACGUUUCGUCCGAUUAUUGCCGCUAGAGUGGCAUAAACACAUAUCAAUGAGAAUUGAGAUUUACGGAUGCCCAGGUAGAGUCGAUCCUUUCGAACGACUUUUGCCUUUCGUGGUUGAAAAGUUUUUCCUUCAAUAACCUGACUAAGGACAUUUUGAAAAACGGGUUACAGAAAUCUUAGCAGCGGCUUGUGGUAAAGGUCUUCAUCUUAGUUAAAUUAAUCAAUGAAAAAGAUGUAGCUUUAGAUGAAUCAAGUCAACCGCAUCAUCGUUUCCAUCCACGAACUAGUUUUUGGUUUUACUUGAUUAUGAAAAGGCCAUAGCAGCACGUGUCUUCUAGGUUGAAAAAAAUUAAAUUCGACUAGUUAGUGUCUAUUAUCAGUAGCUAUUUAAAUUAGAUCUAACCAUUCCCUCAAAGGAAAUUACAUUUUUUCUUCCUGAUUCUUGAUUUGCAUCUCGUAGACUGCAUCGCACCUCUUGGUAUGGAAAGCGGAAAUAUCGCUGACUCAAAGAUAACUACAUCCUCAAUUUUGGAUGACAAUAGCCCUGCAAGUCAGGCCAGGUUAAAUUAUAAAGCGGACGGUGGCUUUGGGGGAGGUUGGUCAUCUCUCAUAAAUGAUGCUAACCAAUGGCUUCAAGUAGAUCUUGGUACUUACACACGUGUGACACGUGUGGCCACUCAAGGAAGGAAUGGGUACGAUCAGUGGGUGACCAAGUAUACGAUGGAGAACAGUGAGGAUGGCCAAAGCUUCCAGGUGUACAAACCAUCUUAUGCUAGCGUUGCGAGGGUAUGUUACACCAUUUUAAGAGUAAUCGUCUCCAACUUUUAAAAGUGGUCUUCCUGAUGAAUUACGUAGCUAAGCCUCGAAAAAAGUGCACCUAAAGGAAACGUUGUAUUGUACUUCUUCUCCUUACUGUGACAAAAAUGUAUGAGAAAAACCCAGCUCCACAUAAGACUGUUAUAAUUUCUAUCAAGAACACCCCUUUGAUGUGACAAAUUUGUCAUCUAAUUUUGAUAUGGGAUAGAAAUUUCUCGCAUGCAAGAUAUCAACAUUUUUCCUUGUUUUUGUCUAAAAGGUUUUUACUGGAAAUCAAAACAGCGAGGCAGUGGUUUACAACAGUUUGAGCCCACCAAUCACAACAAGGUUCAUACGGCUUAUACCGGUGGAGUGGCACAAUCAUAUCUCUAUGAGGAUAGAGAUCUAUGGCUGUCCAGGUGCUUUAAAGGAACAAUUAUAACUAAUCAUUCCAUAAAUAAAAUUAUUGACAAGAACAAAACGCCAUAUAUUUUACAGAUAUGGUCCUUUACGUAAUGAAAUGAAGCAAUCAGAGCUGUUUAACCAACUAAGCAGAAUCUUGUUCUUGGAAGGUUAUUCUAAUGUGUUGCUAUAUUGAAACGAUCCAAAAUAUUAACUUUUAAAACAAUAUAUAUUUUUUCAAACACAGGAUGUGCUGCAGCACUUGGUAUGGAGAAUAAAGAAAUACCUGUUGCCAACAUAAGGGUAUCCUCCCAAAUGGAUGAGGAUCAUGGCGCAAAGGAAGCAAGGUUAAAUUCGAAAGUAGACGGGAACAUGGGAGGGGGAUGGUCUGCCAUGAGCAAUAACUUCAAUCAGUGGCUUCAAGUGGAUAUCGGUGAUAACUCUCGAGUGACAGGUGUUGCGACUCAGGGGAUGAAUGGGAACAACCAGUGGGUGUCCAGAUACCUCAUACAGUAUAGCAGUGACGGAGUGACUUUUGAAUUUUAUAAUGCAACAGAAGACAGUUCUGCAAAGGUAUGAUUACUGCUGAAGAGAUCAGAGAGGUUAGCCGCUUGACCCCAUUUUGACUUAAGUGCUUAUUUUAUGUAUAGCAGUUAAUUGUAGGCCAUACAAUGCUAAACCGAACGUAAGAGUUCUUUCAUGGGCCUUGGUUAUGCAAUAGAAAGUUACCCAGCAAACUGACCAUUUAUGGAUUCCAUUUAAAGCCUUUACUGUCUCAACAUUAGGUAUUUUAUGGAAAUCAGGACAGUGACACAGUUGUAAAAAACAUACUCAGUCCACUGAUAACAGCACGUUACAUUCGCCUGAUGCCUGUUGAGUGGCAUAAUCAUAUAUCGAUGAGGGUGGAAAUCUACGGCUGCUCAGGUAUAGUAACUGCUUUUGCUCAUAGAGACAAAUUGGGUGCGAUACCUGAUAGAGUGUGCAAUAGCUAAUUAGUCUGCCAGUCAAUUUCAAAAUGCACUCAAUUUCAUAAAGGUAAUUGAAUAGGCUGAAGUUCAAAUCGAACGAACGGGUAGCACGUGAUCGAUUUAAAAUCACUGAUUAUCAUUUUAGACCAAAAUUACAUUACACGAAUGUUAACUGUUCCUCUUUUACACUUCUUACAUCAUUUUACUUUUUCUACAAUUUGAUUUGUAGUUUCUCUGUUUUAGUUUUUCAUUCAGAGGAAAAACUAGUGGAGACCUUGUAUACACGAUACUGCUAAGAGCCAGUCAGUGUCGCCAGCGAUCCCAAACAGGAUGCAAUAAUAAUAAAAACAGAUCUCACUCCUCCCUUUUAAAUAUGUUUGUUUUGCGAUGAGAAAAGUUUGCUCGAAUUAGUCUUCAUUUCAUUAGGUUCCCCCGGCGUCGUGCUGUUACGGCGAGUUCCUGUGCAUGUUUCGAUUCAUUUACUUGGAGGAAAACCAGAAACUGGAAUUUGAAACUUUAUUUGACCUUAUAGUGUUUGCUGGUUCGCCAAAUGUACCACCAUCAGAAAUGACGAUAGAAGCUAACACAGACAAAGAAGGGGGAAUACUCGGAGCGCAACAAGGAAACAAGAAAAAAGGUGCCGCUGAAAUUGUUUUCUAAUCGUUGCGUUGUCUCAUCAUCCGACGCGUUGAGUGAACUUCAUAAGUUGUGUAUGGCGACCCAACAACCACCGCAAAAGAAAUUAUUGAAACUAUGCGGCAUAGUUAAUUUUUCUUUCACUUACUCUUGUUUAGGAGUUUACAAGUUUGAUCAUCAUCGUGUUAUGUUUUUUUAAGUUUAUUUCAAUGAAAAAAGAGGUUGGACUUAUGUAGAAUAAGGCAUAAAAGGAUCUGGUUGACUGUGAUUGCACAAAGAGCAUGCGAAUGGUUAAGCUAAGGUGGUAUUGGACGAAACUAAAAAGAUAGUUACAGCUGGAACUAUAUGAGUCUCUUUACAUCACCCCAGGUUGGCGAAAAACCCAGGUUGAGUCAUCGCGAAGGUUGAACCUUGUGUAGUUAAAUGUUGAAAAGCAUUAACUGCUCUUAACGAGUAGCCAUUAUGGAGACCAAGGUUGACUUGACCAAAAAACCAAAAUGUGUUAAAUUUUUUUUUCAAAACACUGGCCCAAGAGCUUGCCUAGGUUUCUGAUGUCACUCAAUAGCUUAUUAUUUGUUUCCUUUAUCAUCUAGGGUCAUCACCCUACCGUCAUUUUGUCGAAAGGGACAUUGUAGUUUUUUUUUGUCGCCUUUAUAGUCCAUAGUUUCAGAAUUUUGGUCGGCAGAAAGGUUGAUCCAGGUCAGUCUCGAGGAAAAAUACACCUCAGUGCAGACAAAUUAAAUGCGUUCGAGAAACACGAAUUUACUGUAUUUAGCAUUUUUCAAGAUGAUUAAGGUGGGCUAAAAAUCAAGCAGGGUAAGGUGGAGAGGUCUGAUAAUACCUUCCUAUCUUAUUUUCGUGGCAUGACGAAACAGUCUUUCCUAGUUGCUCUUUCUUUAUGAGCUACGAGGAAAACCAAUUCCCUCAACUUGGUAGUCCUACUGACGAAUGCUAUUCAUCCUUUGAUAGGCGUCAAGGUACUUGCUGUGGUGUUACCCUUGGUAAUCAUUUUAAUCGCCGUCGUAGCAUUGGGUGUAUUCUUUUACUGGAAAAGGUGAGAAAAAAACUACUUGACGGGAAGACCUACUAUGCCUAACGAAUGUAAAAAUUAUCAUAUCAUGGUACCAAAAAAAUGGGCAGGGUUAAUUUAGUAAAAUACACUUAGAUGUUCGAAUGAUGUUAACAUAUCAUGAAGAUAAAACCCUUCCUUUUGUUCCUGUGAUGUGAACCAAUAAACUUGUUUUUAAAUAGGAGAGGUCAAAAGAAUGUGGACAUCAACACAGUUGCAUUUCAGACGUGAGUACAAAUCGCAUUUAGUUUUUUUUGUUGUUGUUGCUUCCUUGUUUGUAAAGACAAACGUCUAGACCAAAUACAUUUUGGUGCACUGACUCACCGACCAUUAAUUCAAUUGCUGUAUUCCAGAUAUUUUUUAGGACUUUGGUCUUCACAAAAAUGUAUUGAUCAAGUCAUCUUAUGAUACCCAGAUCUCUAACUGUAUAUUGUUUAAUAUGCAAGUACUGGUUUUUUCGGUAAUCAUUUUUUACUCCUCAAACGAAUACUGGUGCUGAUUGAUUUGGUAUUCUGUCAGUUCUAAACCUGCUUUUUUAAAGAGUCGUCAUCUCGGUUAUUCACGUACGCUAUCCACACUUUUUUUUUGCCUUGCAGGGGAACCGAUGAAUUAAACUAUGCAUUGAACAAAAUAUACGAUGAUCGGUAAAUAUCUAAUAUAAAACAAAGUUUGUUUGUAAAGACAAACGUCUAAACCAAAUACUUCUUGGUGCACUGACUCACCAACCAUUAAUUCAUUUGUUGUAUUCCAGAUCUCUUAGGACUAUGGUCUUCACUAAAAUGUAUUGAUCAAGUCAUCUUAUGAUACCCAGAUCUCUAACUGUAUAUUGUUUAAUAUGCAAGUACUGUUUUUUUUGUUCAUCAUAUUUUACACCUCAAACGAAGACUGCUGCUGAUUGAUUUGAUAUUCUGUCAGUUGUAAACCUCCUUUUUUAGGAGUCGUCAUCUCGGUUAUUCACGUACGCUAUCCACACUUUUUUUCUACUUUGCAGGGGAACCGAUGAACUAAACUAUGCAGUGAACAAAAUAUACGAUGAUCGGUAAAUAUCUAAUUUAAAAACACUGAGAAUUGUGGCAUUCUGGUGGAAAUUUUUACCUUGGUCCUUCUUGCUAUGCACUGCAAAAACGUUUACACUUAAAGACAAUCAACGAUGAGACCCAAAAGCUUUAUGAGUACAUAGGACAUGAUAACGACAUUGUUUUGCACGUGGUAUAUGAUAGAAGCUACACACACUUUCCUGACAGAAAAUAAUUAUCAUACGCAGAGAUUUGCCAUGAGUCAUGGAAAUUAUGUAACAUUUCCCAUAAAGCAGUUGGGUAUCAACCAUAACGGACCAUGCUGUUUAGGAUUCAACGUUUUUGCAAUCGCGUAUAAAGAACGCACAAUACGUACACCAACCACAAAAACCUGCGACGCGUCAGUUUUGUUAACAAUCCUUGGCUCAGUUGUUGACUAAUGGUUGAUAUUCUACAGAGUUUGUAUGACAUAAUGAGCGACCUAUCAGGUUUUCUUUUUAAAGUUGAUCUUCAUCACACUUGUACUUCAUUAAAUAAGUAGACUCCAAGUUACCUUAAAUCUGUUUAUUGAUGGAUCUCAGAUGACGUUAAAAUGUGGUAAUUCAUGCUUUUUUUCUACUUAAUUUGACGUCUAUUUUUUCUUGAUGGAUAACUUUUAGCUAAUAUGGUUUUCCGUUAUUGUUCUAGCCCCGUUUGUCCAUGGAGUAGAUAACGCUAAACGCAGGGUAAAUCUCUUUCCGGUGGAUACUGCGGUACAUUUUGUUGUCACUUAUCCGCUGGAUAGCGAUUCAUCCGUUGGAUACCGUUACCACCUCCUGAACAACUGGGCCAAGAUCCAAAUAACAAUUUUUUUUCCUGAUUUCCUUCUUUCGCUUCAGUAAAUCAUCCGGUUACCAACUCCUCAGCGAAGAAAACUUAAGUUGAUGAGAAUAGGUAAUUUUACUCGUAACAAUAGUGCGCAUUUCGAUCGAGAGUCGUAAAACAAAAAGCGAACUAAGUAAUACAAUAGCCAAUCAGAACAAAGGAAAAUAUCACAGGCAACCCAGGACAACUCAAAGCAAACAAACAGCGAACUGCCCGAGACGUGAGAAUGUGGUAUAUUAGGAAAGCGGCGCAACCGAAGCAAACCCAGUUACUUCCGACACUCACCUGGAAAUUUUCCAGUCUAUAUCACGGAAGACUUAGAAGUCCCGGGACCGCAUUUAUGGAAAUAUAUCAAAGCUUUAAUCAUUAAACAGUGUCAUAUUUUUCUUUCUGAUAGGGAUGCGCUGGUGCCUGACUGAAACUGAAAAACUUCAGUAGCAAGGACAUGUUUUAGCUUAUUAGUGUUUUAAGAGAUUUUUAACAACAAAAACAAAAACAAAAUCCUCUGAGGAUUCUAAUCAUUUUCCCAAAUAAUAGUGGUUGUAAAAAACGCCAAGCGAAAGUAACAGGUACCGUUUUUCUUAUUAGUUAGAGGAGAAUGAGUUAGGUAGUCAGUUUUUGAAUGUGCAAAUAUCUCUGAAAAGAUGGUCAAGUUUAGUUUGUUUGCUGUCUAAACGAUGUAAGUGUAUGGCAAUGGAUGAUUACUGGCUCAUAGAGCGUUAUCACAUCAACCAAUCAGAAGAUUAGAAAAUACCUUUAAAAACCAAAGAGAACUCAAAAUAAAACCACGCAAACUGCCCAAAGCGCGGGAGAACACGGGUGACCAAGUCGUGAUUGGCUUUAGUUUUGUAUCUGAUUGGUUUAGAGAGUAUAUGGCGCGAGUUCUUUGGACCAAUCAUAGAGCGGAGUGAGGGAAAUCCAAAGCAAUCCCUGAUUACUUUCGACACCCCAUUAAAAACCGCUCUGCUUUAAAAAGCACACAAAAAUUCGUUGUUCAACU